AUGGAUCAUCUUCAGAUGGUAGACAAAAUGAUUCAGACAAGCAACGAGUACCAGAUUCCUUUCAUCCCGGGGAUCUUCGAUUUCGAGAAGGCAUUUGACUCAGUCAACAUCGCAGCCCUAGAAGCGGCUUUCAAGAUAUUCCGUUUAGAAGAUCAGCCACUGGACAUAAAUCCGCAGUACGUAGAAAACCUGUGGUUUGCGGACGGCGUUCUGAUCCCUUAA